UCAGUGCAGACGACGAGUCAAAUUCAAAAGUGCGUGAAAAUGGAAAGUGCCAGCUUUAGGCGAAGGGGGCGGCGAAGAAACAGGAAUGAGCUCCCAGCCUUGGACCGCAUCUACGACGGACAACCUUACGCAUUUGAUGGGAAAGUUGGUCGUGAUGGACGCUCCCUCAUUUGUGCGUAUCGCAACCGCUGGAGGUGUUCGGGACGCGGGGUGUUAUAUGGACAAAUUUUCAGGGAGACCCAUGAACAUAAUCACCCCAGGAAUUUUACUCAGGAAGAGACGGAUAUUUUUCUACAUGAAUUAUGUGUUUGCUGCACCCGGCAGUUCAGAAAUCUGAAUGAUAUUUACGACAGAAUGGAGGAUCUUCAUCCAGAAGCAGCUGCAACCCUGGAUUACGAGGCAGUGAGGGAGCGUAUGAAACGAUGGAGAAAUUCAAUGGAUUUGCCAUCCAUUAACGAAUCAUACGCAACUUUGUAUGAGAAGUUGUCCAAUGAUUAUUCCUCACUGCUUUGGUGUCGAAACGGGCGGUUGGAGGUUGACUUAUACAAUGCGGGGGGACUCGCAGAGGUGUUGACUCUUGUUGAUGACGAUCUUCUCCGCAUUAUUGACCUAGAGACAAUCACAGCUAUCGUAAUUACAUCAACAACGAGUUGGCACACGAGCCUGCUCCCUAUCAAUGAUGUUAUCCUAGUUGCGUGUGUCAGUGGCAAACAUGCCUACCCAUGCAUUAUCAUGAUGCUGAAGUCUAGAAGUCAGCAAUCAUAUGAUUGCGUGGCUAACCAAGUAAGACAAAUUUUUAGGAGAGAGGACCUCCCAGUUUAUACUAAUUAUGACGAAAAACUUCAUCUGUCACUCGAUGAAUUCUACGAUAACGUCCAAGGCACUUUCUACGAAUACACCGUGAUACUGAGUGCAAUGAUGCACAAAUUUGAAAUCGACGAUCUGGAAAAUGUGAACACUAUUUUGAUGCGAAAAAUUACUGCCUUGGCUCUGCUUCCCCCUGCAAAAAUCAUAGAGACAUAUCGGAAGCUGUGUUGUCGCUUAACUCCUGCAUUAAAAGAAGCAAUGCAUGAUUUUUUACGGUAUUUUGAGAAGACGUGGCUAGUACGUGUUGGUGCUGAAAACUUCAGUGUCUAUAAUGAUCUAUCGAGGAUAAAUGACAUUCAACGAUCCUUAAGAAAAGAGCUGGACAAACUCGUCAAUCCGUCGAUUUUCGACAUUUUACAUUUUUUUAUUUCGAUGCAAGAAAAGGCACAGAAAGAUGCGUCGCGACAAGGGAAGUAUUGGGUUCCUCGAGUUCGAACAGUAGUGCACCCUGUGAAGGCACUGAAGUCCACUUGGAAAAAAUUUAAUGACGGUGAAAAUGACGAAAUUGGAGUUCUGGAAUGUGCCUCAUUCUUCUUGAAAGAGUGCAUGAAUGACGUAUUGACCUUCCCAGAGCUUCUCCCCCAUGAUUUUGAUGUCCCCAUUGGUGCUGGUGUGUACUCUCGAGUCCUACGAGAGGACGAGUUUGACAGGGUCACAUCCGCCGAAGAUACUCAAGACAUCCUGUGGGAAACAAAUCGUAAUGCUAGAAGGUCGACUCUUCGACGAAGAGCCACGCAACGUCGCCUUUUGGUCACUAAUGCCAGAAGAACCAAUUCACCUCAGCCUCCUCCGGAAAAUCCUCAGAAUG